AUGUCAUCGGCUGCUCUCAAUGGUGGCAAGCGUCACGUCGAUGUCCUUGCGCAAGGCUGGAGCACGAGCAGUGGUAAUCCUAGAACGGCAGAUGCUGCUCAUCGACGGCGCCUCGGCCGCCCCCUGGCUUGGCCCCGUGAAGAUGGGCGGUUGGUACGGAGUAGAAGAUUGAUAGGCCAUCAAGCUAUCUCCAUCAAUCCCUACCGCGUGGCUUGUGCAGAAGCAGGCUCCGAAGAUCUCAACCGCGGUACGGAGAACAGGCUAUGGGUUCUCCCCGACGAUUCUGUCAGCGCUUACUGCACACAGACGCCGACAGGUCCUACGGCUGUUUUUGCAGCAUUUUGCACCCAAACUACAGAGUACAGUACAACUUAG